GAUGGGGAGGAGAAGGAGGAGGGAGGGGUGGCCUGUUGGGGGGAGUCUUUGCUCAACUGGUGUCAGGCACCCAUCUGUGUGACUCCUGAAAGGAAAAUUAAUGCGUGAAAGUAGAAGUCACUGAUAAUCUAUAGGAGGUUCUGUGCACUUUUAUCCAACUAGAUAUCUCUCUUAAAACUCCCCAAGCACGCGCAGCCCUUUUGUUGCUUUAUUGAAAGAGGAGCGCUGAUUUUUUUUUCUUCUCUCUUUCUCUUUCUCCCUCUCUGUUUCUCUUGCAUUCAGAGCUGAGUCGACCGGAGGGGAAAACUACCAUCAAGCAAUUUGUAAAAGCCAGACCGGUGGCGUCAUUGCCUGCUCCAUAGUACGCGCAACAGCACGACUCUCCCGCUGCAUUUAUUCACCGCAUAUUCUCAAGUUGCUCUGUGGCCCCCGCACACUGGAGUGAAAGCAAACCUGUCCGUCCAAGACUGGUCCUCAUAACACAAUGCGUAUUUGUUCGAUUUAUGUCACCCUGGCACUUGGAUUUGGAGGUUUUGCGCAAGAAGUGUCACAGACUAAUAGAGUUUUUUCUACUCGUCGCUGGACUGAUGGUGUUAUAAAAGAGAAGGUAUUGUGCCGCGCACUCCCCCUACACCACAUCUGUAGUACACUGUCUCCAGUUUUACGCUGGGGAAGAAUACUCUCUUCCUUCACAGAUGUUGCCGGAGAGCAUUUUCUACCCGCAACUUAGUGUGCAGCUCAAAUGUUGCCACACAUGCUUUGGUGUACUCGGAGCACGUCCAGAUAAUCUCCAUUUACAUUGGACUGUACUCUUCAAGAUACCCAAGAGUUCCCGUUGUGUCGGCUGUGCGUCAUCCAUGCCUGAUUAGACUUGUAGUCUGACGUCGCCGAGCACCAUUCAAGCAAAACACCUCAUACAACGUUGAAAAUCUAAAUUGAUUUUUUUUUUUUCAACAACCAUCCGGAGUGACGAAAACCACUGUUUUCAUAAAGACGUGGAUCAACAAGUUUCCUCCAGUGCGUAAUUUCCAUCUAAGCGGGGUUCAAGCAUAAUCCGCGACGCACGUGAUCGACAAAUCACUUCAGCUGCAAAUAUUUCUCAUUUGUCAAGAGAAAUAAGCCCCGGACUGUCCACGGAGACACAUCUUGUCCGAUUACCGCGGGAAUCAGGAGCAGACCGGCUCCAGCUCCAUGCCUCGCUGCGUCUCCAGAUGCUCUGCUGGCCACCACAUGGUAACUUUGCGCACACAGCACGCUGGAAAGAUGACAUAUACAGCAAGGAUCUGAAUGAAUGGGACUGAGAUUUCUUCGCAUUUCUCUUCUCGUCUCCCACAGACUGUUGUAUGUGUUGUAUAUCCCGCUGGUUGAAGGUGUCUCACGUUAUCAGCAGAUAUCGACUCAGCGGUGGGUAGAUCCAUCAUUCGAAUUGGGAGCAGCAAAUGUCGAAGAAACGGAAAAGUCCUGACGACCAGGGCUUUGAGGAAUCUCCGCUUGCAGGAUGCAGCGACCAAGUCUGCUGCUGCACAUCCACAGCGGAGCCACCACGCCGAGGAGGCGGACCGACUGUAGCUACACCUCGGCCAGCGGUGCUGGGUUAUAGCGCUGGUGGUGGGGGGGUGGGGGCAGCACACUGCUCUUCUUGCCCUUCCUAAAACCGUGCACAGCCUCAAGCAUUGAGGACACCAUCACCUCAGCGCGUCCUGGAAUAGUUUUGCUUUUUGCCCAGACGCACCAAGUUGCAGCUGCAGAGGCGCACUUUUCUCCGUGGCUCCUCUCUCCUCUUGCGCUCACAAUCCGACAUGGAAGAUGGUCCGUCUUCAACAAGCUGUUUCAGAAGGUUAACGGACUGUUUCCUGGGUGCAAGCUUGACAGAUGAGAAAGUGAAGGCCUACCUCUCGCUGCACCCGCAGAUGCUGGACGACUUUGUGUUGGAGAGUGUGAGUGCAGAGACGUUGGACAGAUGGCUGAAGAGGAAGACCAGCAGCAGGCCUGCAGAUGACACAUCAGCUAAAGAAGUCAGCAGGCAGUACCAGGACACAAAUAUGCAGGGUGUGGUGUACGAACUCAACAGCUACAUAGAGCAGCGCCUGGACACUGGAGGAGACAACAAACUCCUGCUCUAUGAGUUGUGCAACAUCAUCAAAACAGCAACAAAAGCUGAUGGAUUUGCACUUUACUUCUUGGGAGAAUGCAACAAUAGUUUAUGUAUGUUCACUCCAACGGGGGCCAAGGAUGGCCCUCCAAGCCUCAUCCCCUCAGGCCCCAUUGCAUUUGGGACAACCAUUGCCGCUCAUGUUGCCAAGACUCGCAAAACACUGCUAGUAGAGGACAUCAUGGGGGACGAGCGCUUCCCCGACGGCACAGGGCAGGACUCAGGGAUCCAUGUUCACUCUGUCCUGUGCCUCCCCAUCCUCACUGCCAUCGGGGACCUCAUUGCCAUCCUGGAGCUGCAUCGGCACUGGGGCAAGGAGCCCUUCAACCUCAGCCACCAGGAGGUUGCAACAGCUAAUUUAGCCUGGGCGUCAGUUGCCAUUCAUCAAGUACAGGUGUGCAGAGGCCUCGCCAAACAGACUGAGCUCAAUGACUUCCUACUAGAUGUGUCAAAAACAUACUUUGAUAACAUUGUGGCAAUAGAUUCUCUACUUGAACAUAUUAUGAUAUAUGCAAAAAACCUGGUGAAUGCGGACAGGUGCGCACUCUUCCAGGUAGAUCACAACAACAAAGAACUGUACUCUGACCUGUUUGAUAUCGGGGAGGAGAAAGAAGGCAAACCUGUCUUUAGGAAAACCAAAGAAAUUAGGUUUUCUAUAGACAAGGGAAUAGCUGGCCAAGUGGCUCGGACAGGGGAGGUCUUAAAUAUCCCAGAUGCCUAUGCAGACCCACGGUUCAACCGUGAGGUGGACCUGAAAACCGGCUACACCACGCGGAACAUCCUGUGCAUGCCCAUCGUGAGCAGGGGGACCGUUAUAGGUGUGGUGCAGAUGGUGAACAAGCUAAGCGGAAGUGCCUUCACUAAAACAGAUGAGAACAACUUUAAGAUGUUUGCUGUCUUUUGUGCUCUGGCCUUACACUGUGCAAAUAUGUACCACAGGAUCCGGCACUCUGAAUGCAUUUACAGAGUGACGAUGGAAAAACUGUCUUAUCACAGCAUCUGCACAUCAGAGGAAUGGAAGACCCUGACCCAGCUCAACCUCCCCACACCCAUUUAUAAAGAGAUCGAAAUGUUCCACUUUGACAUCAGUCCCUUUGAGGAGAUCUGGCCCGCUGUCUUUAUCUACAUGGUUCAUAACUCCUGUGGAAAGACCAGCUUCGAGCUGGAGAAGCUGUGCCGGUUCACCAUGUCUGUACGGAAGAACUACCGACGUGUGCCCUACCACAACUGGAAGCAUGCAGUGACGGUGGCACACUGUAUGUACGCCAUCCUACAGAAAACCACUGGGAUCUUCACAGAGCUAGAGAAGAAAGGUCUGUUGAUAGCCUGUCUGUGCCAUGAUCUGGACCAUCGGGGGUACAGCAACGCCUACCUGCAGAAGUUUGACCAUCCGCUGGCUGCUCUGUACUCCACCUCCACCAUGGAGCAGCACCACUUCUCUCAGACUGUCUCCAUCCUACAGCUGGAAGGGCACAAUAUUUUCUCCAACCUGAAUUCCAUCGAGUACGAGCAGGUGCUGGAGAUCAUCCGGAAGGCGAUCAUCGCCACAGACCUCGCCCUGUACUUCAACAACCACCAGCAGCUGUCGGAGCUGCUGACCACCGGCGGGCUGGACUUUAACAACCACUCACACAGGGACCGUGUGAUUGGUCUGAUGAUGACAGCAUGUGACCUGUGCUCUGUUACCAAGCAAUGGCAAAUCACACGACUCACAGCCAACGACAUCUAUGCUGAGUUCUGGGCUGAGGGAGAUGAGAUGAAGAAGAUUGGGAUACAGCCGAUCCCUAUGAUGGACAGAGACAAGAAGGCCGAAGUUCCCCAGGGCCAAGUGGGAUUCUACAAUGCUGUUGCAAUUCCGUGUUACACGACACUAUCUGAGCUCUUCCCUCCAUCCGGUCCUCUUCUAAAAGCCUGCAAGGAGAACCUGGGCCAGUGGGAGAAGAUAGCACGGGGAGAGGUGGAGGACGUAGUGCCCAGUCGACCUUGCGAUUCAGGCCCUGUCAAGGUGGACAACUGACUACCAAAGGGGUUGCUGGCCCACCAAAGGAGUACAACCUGAAUCCUGCCAUGGACCUGGAACUUUGUAGGAGGAAAAGCCCACAUCCUGUGUUAGCAGGAGACAGAUCAGCUAAAGGCGACUUGACUUUGAAAACACACAGUUACCUCAUUGGGUGACGGAGGUGUCAACACUGGCGGUUUCACCGAUCCCAGAGACUGACAGACAGCUGAUGGGGCUGAGGGACUUCAACCCAUCACCCUGCGUCCACUCAGCUUGGGAAUUCAUUUGGUAGAUUGGACUUGUGCCGUUUUGGUUGUUUUAGUUUGGCUGUUUUAUGUUUUUUUUUUUUUUUUUCUUUUUAUGGUCUUGUAUUUGCAGAGGCCUUACUCUGAACCUUUCACAGGCUAGGUUAUGUGAAAUCUUGUUGUCGGUUCAGGCUUUUUUGAAAAUGGUACUGUUUGCCUUCUGUGGUAGGUUUAUCGUACGCGCACUACUUCAGCAAGGUGUUCCCAGAGACAGAAGGAAUGUGUAGAGCAGAUGUAUGGUGUAAUGCCACCUUAUUGAGAAGGUGGGUGUCAGAAUGUUUUUUUAUUACUUUUUGAGCAAAAAUCCUUUGCAGUACUUGAAUAAAGAGAUACAGCCUAUUCUAUGUGGAAAUUGCAGAAAUCCCCCCCCCCCCCCCCCCCCCCCCCGCAGCAUAUUCUACUAAACGUGGAUGAACUGCGAUGAGAGGAGUUAGAUAAUGUCGACACUUGUGAACACAAGUCACAAGAGAGUCACAAUGUUUCUCCCUGAAGUGGACCCCCCACAGCACUGCCCCCUGGCUCCCCCUGGCAUUUAGGAACCUGCUGCAUAGUACAUCAACUUUUCCUCUGAUCAACAGGAUCUGACCCCAGGCCAGCAGUCAUAAUGUUUGUAGGAUGGAGUUCACGAGACAAAAAAGAAAAAAGAAAAAGAAAAAAUGAAAAGCGAGAUGCACAAAUAGCAUCCCUUUAAAUCGUUUAUAGUAAGCAAAGACUGCAUACGAUUGAAUUUCCACUCUCAUAACAUUUCUCACACCACUAUCACAUCAUGAAUUAUUUUACACUACAGUCUGGUUCCUCCUAUUAAUCAGUAAUCGCCUCUACACAGUUAAAAUGAGGAUACUGCACAAGGUGGUUAAGUGGAUUAUAACAAAAUGAGUUUCUUUGCAGAGACAGAACAAACUUUUUACAGGCUGACUACCAAGUGUAAUGUCAAGGCAGCACCCUGAUCUAUGACACAUAGUGAAAGUGUGAUGAAUUUUAAAGAUGUAAAUUAAAUUAAGCGUGAAGGGCGGAAUAAGUAGUAGCCUGCUCAGUCUCAGAUGUUUUCUCUUUUUGACAUAAACGGGUGUCCUUGCAGGGUCAAAGUCGUAGUAUGAAACAUCAGUGACACUGAACACUUUGUCAUAUUGCUGUUGAUGCAGGGCACAGCAGCUCAACAGACGUCUCAGCACCUGUCAGCUUCGUAUUUUCCCAUACUGUCAAACCUGUUAAGCUAAAGUGCAUCAUAUGUCUAUGUCUGGGACUGCAACUCAAAGAAUGUUGGUUGACUCUUUUUUUUGCUGGUUGUGUGACAGAAGUUCCCCUCAUGUCCACGACCUGCCCGAAGGAAAUAAAUCAUCUUCUCUCCCGCUCAGCCUCCUGCGUCGUGCGAAGGGGGGUGCAUUUGGACUGAUGACAAAUGAGUUCCCAAGAUCUUCCAAAAGACAAAUUAUUUUUGUCUGAAACUGUCAUUCCAGUGGACAUUGUCCCUCCAAGACUGAAAUUGCCGCUCUAAUCAUUUGUUUUCGACUGGUACUGUGCCCUGCCCCCACCCCCCACCCCGACCCCCACGACCCACCCACCUGCCCCCCACCCCCCACCCCAAUGGUGUGAAUGUACAUUUUGAUGAAUGUUUCGUUGAUUGCAGAUCCUCAGUGGUGGCAUGUGGGUUAUAGUGCGCCAUCAGUUUCCAUGAUGUCCUCUGUCUUACUCUUUUCAGAAUUGCUUCCAGUAAGCUUCAACCAAGAGCAACAAUUAGCAUGCACCUGAACUGAAGUUUAUAUAUAGUUUUGCGUACACGGUAAUAGGUGUAUACUGAGUACAAUCUAGGAACUAGUUUGUACAGACUGAGACAGUCGCUCUGAUGGUGCUAAACUGAACGGCAGUCAUGCGCUUUCUGACCGGGUGUGUAGACUGUAUGUAUGUGUGUGUGUGUGCGAGUGUGAGAGAGUGUGUUGUGCAUGUCUGUGUGAGUGUGUGUGAGAAAGAGAGAGAGAGAAAGCCUUUGACUGUCUCUUUCCCCACUCCAACCCCACAUGAGAACAUGGUUAAGUCCAUAACACUGCACUGUCCCUUCUACUUUUCAGCACCUGUUAUAUCCGAUUGUCUGCACUAUGUUUAGCUUAUGAUCUUUAUCAUUAUUAUUAUUAUUGAUGAUUAUUAUUAUUGCUCUUAUUACUAUUGUUAUUUUCUUAAUUAGAGUUAAAUUUAAAUUAACUUAUAUUUUUUAUACAAAGAAAAAUAAUGUUGGCCUUUUUGUUUUGUACAAAGUAAACAUCAAGAUAAACAAAACGGUCUAGACAUGUUACUGUUACCCAGAAUAAUUGAGGAAUGUCUCAACUGUAAAUGUAAGAGCAGUAGCCCAAAUGACUUUUAUUAAAUACCUGAAAAAAAAUUCUGUUUUCCAGAUCAUUCUUUAUUUCAUGUCUGAGCUGCCUUUUUAUUUGCAUUUAUUUAACUUUCAAUGCAUAUUGUUUUAUUGAUAGAGCUGCAGAGUCAGUGACAGUGUUGGGGGAGGAUGCAUCACUCCUGAUUGGUUAACAUUACGUUAUGUUGGUUUCAUUAUCCCAGAGAUAUGUCAAUGUCAUUUCUUUCUGCAAUUUUUUUUUGAUAGUCAAAAUAUGAAUAAAAAUUGGGAUCUUCACAAUGA